AAUGCCACUCACUUUUCACUUGCCACCUCCUAUAAGUGUGGUACGUAUAAGAAGGAGCAGACUACGCUUCGCUGUCAAUCCCUCGGUAUGACGCGCCUCAUCAUACUCGCUGCCUUCGUCAUUUCAACCAAAGGAAUACAGCAACCUCGGUUGGUCUAUCCGCGUCUCUUGGAAGAGCGUUCAGCUGAUGGACGACUGGUGCUGCACCUGCACGAUAAGCUGACGCUGAACCUCAGGAAGGCGUCGGUGGCUGCGCGUCACUUCCGUGUCCUGGAACACGAGAAUGGACGCGAAGUGACGCAUUUGUUCAGCGGAGAAGACAUCGAACGAAAUCUCCAUGAAGAUGAAAGGCAAUUCGCGACUGUGCACGUUAGAAGAAAAGAAACCGGCGUCGAAGUGGAAGGCGUUGUGGGACCGUACCAAAGGAUCCAACCAGUGCCUGAAAGGGAGAGAUCGGAUGAAGGCCCGAUUCCGCACAUGAUUUACGAAAUUGAGAAAAAGGAGAUGCUUGACAUUGAGAUGGCCGUCAGCGCAAAUGAUGCGAGGACUCCUGAAGAAAGGAGCAGUGGCGCCCAACGCGUUCCCGCAGAAGUUGUCAUAGAACUCUUCAUAGUCUCUGACAAGCCGCAUCAUAAACACUUCAAAACUACGCUCGCAUUAAUAGAAUACCUAUGCGUACAUACGAACUCAGUUAACAUGAGGUAUAUGGACACCAGCAAUCCGAGGGUUCAGUUCUUGCUCGUCGGAGUUGAACGAGAUUCGUUGAGCACCUACAGGAAGGGUGACGGCAUCUACAUGGAAAGCUCCUCUACUCUUGCGGCAUUCCAGGCUUACGCUUAUGGCAAAAAACAUGAGUACGGCAAUCCAGAUAUGACGUAUCUAAUGACAGGUUUUGAAGUAUACUCCCCAGGAGCGGGCAACACGAAGAGUACGAGUGUUUUGGGCAUCGGCUACGUGGGUGCCCUGUGCACGCGACAGUUCGUUGCCCUCGGUGAGGACACCGCAGGUCUCUACGAUGGAAUGCACACGCUGACACACGAGGCGGCCCACGUGCUGGGCGCGGCUCACGAUCAGAGCCAGCCAAUGGCGUGGAUUCCAAACGACCCGGGAUCAUUAAGUUGUCUCUGGAGUGAAGGUUACAUCAUGAGCUACGUCGACGGUGGGACGAAGCACCACCGUUUCUCCCCAUGCAGCCUGAGGCAAAUUCGAAAUGUCGUAACAAUGCGAGGAUGGUUGUGCUGGAAAGUAAGCAACACUGGGCACACGAAACAGGGCAAGUAUCCCGGCAUGGAAGUGGCUCCAAACGAGUUCUGCAAAAGCGUCUUCCCGACCAAAACAAAUGUAACCGCUGACAUGGGUUCUCCGCGUAUGCGAGAAUGCAUGGUGAAAUGCCAAUAUCCAGAAAUCCGCCAGAUAUGCCAAUACGGCCGGUGCUUCAGGUACUCCACGAUGUACAGCUCUUUCGUACAUGCACUGGACUACAUGACCUGUGGAGGAAACCAGGUUUGCGUCCGAGGAGUGUGCGGCCGCACUAAAGUUGACAUACCGCGAAACACCCAAAGGCCAGUGAGAGCGCCCGAAACAACCAGGAUCCAAACCCCAAGAAUGACGACGACAUAUAAAGAAGACAGUGUCACUACGUGUCGUUGCGACUGCAGCCCUACGGCGUCUACCGCACGUACACCUUACGGACCGCGUCCAACAACACGAUCUAUACCUUGGUAUAGACGGUUUCGCGGGAAGUAAAUUAAAAAAACUGAUGCCAGUAGUCAACCGUUUCCUGUCAACCAAAUGGUGGCUGGUGUCGUUGCUGUUGUC